AUGGUGAUGGCCCGGGCGGAGCCGAAGAUUGACGAAGAGCAUAUUCGGCGCGCGAAGCGUGCUGCUCUCAAGGAGCUCAACGUGCUCCAUACCGGAGAAGAACCGUCCAAGACACUGGAUUCAUCUCUGAAACGACACACCGCGUUGAUCAAGCGCAUGCGACAAUCCCUCGGCGCAGAGCACCGUGAUCAAGUACUCAAGGACAUCGACACCCUGUCGCUGGAGAAGUACGUCGACGAGAUUGUCGGAGCGGCAGCUGAGGGUGUGCUCAAGUGCAAGACAGAGAAGGAUGUUUGGAGCGCGGUCGAGGUCAUUUCUGCGCUUCACCGCCGGUUCCCCAAGGCCUUUACCUCCUCCAUCGUAUCCUCCUUGUCGGUGUCCCUUGCGCCACCUUCCAAAGCUGCGCUCGCGACUCUAUCCCUGGAGCAACGUGAAAAGGAAGACUCUUCGCGUAUCACACGCCAACGACCUAUUCUACGGGUAUGCGGCCGAGCUCGCCCUCCCCAAGAGAAGAGCGGCGGAGAAUGGGUCAUGAAGACUAUCCGCGACUUGCUUUCCAAUGAUCCCUCGUUGUCCUCACUUCCCCUAUUGCUCGUGUUCCUCAAGUCCUACUCCAGUCCUUUCCUUGGCAUUGUCCCCCCCGAAGAAGUCGCUCACUCGAACGGAACACCUUCUGUCCCGUUCAACGAAGCGGAGGAACUGGUGGAGAAGGAGAUCAGAGACAGGUUCAAGAAGAUGUGCGAGGGGUACUUCGACAACGUUGCGAAGAAGCUGGUCAUGGAGCACAAUCGUCUGCAAGACCAAGAUCGGAGGAACCAUGAAGCAUACAUUCGUUCGGGGGAGAUUUUCGAGGACAGGCAGCAGGCGUAUGAGAAGAUGACGAAGAACUACGAAAAGUUGCUGGCAAGCUGCCAGAAGCAACUCUACCUUCCUAUGCCGACCCUGAAGACUGCGUCGCAGAAGUCGGAGUCGAUACAAAUCGGCGUAAGCACUGGUUCGAGUAUACUUGGAGGGGAUGGAGAUGAGGGCGUUGGUGGCGGAGGGAAGUGGGAGGACGAAGAAGAGCGAAGGUUCUUCGAGGAAAUCCCGGACAUCAAGGACUAUGUCCCGCGGAGUGUUCUCGGUCUAGAUGGCGAAGGCGACGACGAUUCCGAAGACGGGAAGGAGAAGGAGCGGCAGGACAAGGAAAGGGUCGAGGAAGAGGUGCGAAAGUUGGAGGAAGAGCUUGCGGGUAUGAAGGUCGAUGGAGAAGGCAAAGCCCUUUUGAAUGGGAAUAACAAAGUUGCUGAAGAUGAAGACCUUGAAGUCGACAACGCGCCAACUCCUACACCUGGAACACCCAAAGAGUCCCCCGCCACUACACCCCAGCUGGCACCUCAAGGUCCCUCCCAGCUCCUUACUGCCCUACUCGCCCGCCUUCCGGACGCGACUAACCGAUCGCUGGUCGAUCAAGCCGCGGUCGACUUCGCCUUUUUGAACUCGAAAGCAGCGAGGAAGCGGUUGGUGAAGUUCAUGACGCAGAUUCCGAAGAGCCGGUCAGACCUCCUUCCUCACUACUCGCGAUUCAUCGCUAUCUUGAACAGGUAUAUGCCAGAUUUGGGAACGGAUAUCGUCGCGGCGCUGGACGAGGAGUUUCACUACCUGCAGCGCAAGAAGAAGGUCGUGAAGGAGCUUUCCGAAGUUCGCAUGCGUAACAUCACUUUCCUCUCCAACCUCACCAAGUUCCGCGUUGUCCCGGCCCACAAGAUCCUCCACGCAUUCAAGGUCUGCCUCGACGACUUCUCUGGGACAAACGUCGAAAAUAUUGCGAUGCUUUUGGAGGGCUGCGGGCGCUUCCUGCUGAGGAGCGAAGAGACUCACGAACCGUUCAGCAAGAUGAUCGAACUCAUGAGACGGAAGCAGAGCAUGCAACAUUUCGAUCAACGACAGCUUCUCCUCCUUGAGAACGCCUAUUAUCAAUGUAACCCCCCAGAGCGGGCCGCCCGCCAAGUUAAGGAACGCACGCCCGUGGAACUUUUCAUACGCCACCUCGUCUACGACGUUCUCGCCAAGAAGACCAUCGACAAGGUUUUCAAGCUCCUCCGGAAGCUCGAUUGGAACAACUCCAUCGUCGUACGGACUCUAUACAAGGUGUUCACAAAGCCCUGGAAGCUCAAGUACAGCCACAUCCCACUCCUCGCGAUGCUCACCUACGACUUGCAACUUGUCGAUCAGGUUCUGGAAGACAUUCGCCGGGGGUUGGAGACCAACUUGUACAGCAUGAACCAGCGCAGGAUCGCAUCUAUCAAGUUCCUCGGGGAGUUGUACAUCUACCGACUGGUCAGCAGCGGGAUCAUCUUCCAUACCUUCUGGUCCCUGGUGACCUUCGGACAUCCGGAAGGCCGACCCCUUCCUGGACAGCUAUGCAACGUCGACAUGCCGGACGAUUACUUCCGCAUCAGGCUUGUCUGCGUGCUGCUGGACACCUGUGGCAUCAGAGGAAGCUCGACAACUUUCCUCACGUUCUUCCAGCUCUACGUCCACUCCAAAGAUCCGUUGCCCAUGGAUGUGGAGUUCAUGCUUACAGAUUCUCUUGAGGCGGUGAGACCCAAGCUCUCAAUGUUCAUGACAUUUGAAGAAGCGGCGGUGGCCGUGGAUGAGAUGUUCAACACUGCCUUCCAGAACGCUGGAGUUGCUAUGCCCGACGAAGUCGAUGGUGGAGAUGACAGCGGCGAAGAUAGUGGAGGUGAUGACGAUGACGAUGACAAGAGACGGGGAGAAGACGAAGACGAAGAAGACGACAGGCUGCAGCCCGACUCCCCGAUCGACGAACGCGCACCUUCGCCCGAAGCCGUGCUGCUCAAGUCUUCCACCACCAACGAGAACCUCGGACCUACCGAAGAUGACGACGCCGAGUUCGCGAAGGAGCUCGCCAAGCUUGUCACCGAUACCUCCGCCGACUCGCGCAAGGUUGACAAGAAGACCGCUCUGGCCUUGUGGGACACGACGCUCCCGCCUGUCAUGCGCAGGAAGCAGAAGGUUGAAGAUGACGACGACGAAUCAGCCGCUGAAGGCGCUGACGGUCCGAACGUCAUGAACUUCACGCUGUUCACGAAGCGGGGCAACAAGCAGCAGACACGGCAGAUCGCGAUUCCGGCGGAGUCCAUGCUGGCAGUACAGACUCGCACAGCCCAGAUGCAGGACAAGGUCGAGCAACAGCAACUUAAGCGGCUUGUGCUCAACUACGAGCAGCGCGAGGGGGCCGAGGAGGUCAAAGCACUCGAAGCUCGCAAUCGCCAGGGUCCGAUCAAGAUCCGCCUCGCAGGAUAA